CGGCAGACACUCUUUUGCAUCGUCUAUACUAAGACCAACAUCUCCUCAACCUUCCAUUUGCUCAUCCCGUUUGAGUACGAACACACCUUUUCCUAAAUCAAAAAGGAACUUUAAUACGAUACAUUAUUGCCCCAGCCUCUCACUCUCACAUCCAUCACAUAGUGGACAGACUGGUCAAAGCAUGACACAGUGACUUGUAGCUGCCCGUCCCAAACAUCUUCUCACCUCAUCCAGGAUGUCCUUAUUGAUAGUGUGCCUCUGGGCAGGGCUUAUGUUGUCCCUUCCUCGUCCUAGUUGCCAAUCAUGCACCAUCGGCUCAGCCAAUGAGUGCAAAGAGGCAGAAUUUGCUCCUGGAACCAACCUAGCAGGGGAAGGCUUUGACAUCACCAAAAUGAAACGCAAAGGAGCCUUUGUCAUUGACAUGAACGUGUGGAAACGCAAAGACAAGACAUGCACCCUCUGUAAGAAUCCCUAUCUGGAAGGGAAAAAACAGAGGCUUCCUUUGGCAGUGGUGGAUUGGAGACCAAACCACCAGUGUAGUAUGAAAGUGUCCAGUAAACUCCAUCGCUCCAGUGAGUCUCUCGUCAGCUCCAGUGGCUCUUCUGUGGAGAAUAACUGGCAGGUCAAUCUAGAGUUAGAGAAGGGAUCAAAAAGUGGGAAGAUUAUGCUCGCUGGAACCAACUCCAAAUUGGCUGAGUACUCCAUGGAGAAAACCAAGAGUGACAAGUUCAGUUUCACAAGCCACAGUGUGUCCUGCGGGUAUUACAGCUAUCGAGUAUCUGGCCAGCCCAAGUUACACCAAGAAUUCAAGACAGCAGUAAAGAAUCUCCCCAAAAUAUAUCAACAAGAAAACAAACAACGUUAUUACAAGCUUAUUGAUAACUUUGGCACGCAUUACAUUACCAAGGUGAGCCUGGGUGGAACGGUGCAGUCUGUGACCAGUAUCAUGCAGUGCCAGGCCAGCCUGCAGGGUCUCAGUGCAGAGGAGGUGAAGAUGUGUCUGGAUGUGGAGGCGUCUGCCAGUGUGGGUGACAGCAACAGCUUGAAGACUGAGUUCAAGCACUGUCAGGAGGAUAAGUCUAAGACAGAGAGCAAGGCCAGCUUCUCCAGUGUCUUCAAUGAUAGGUUCACAGAGGUGAAAGGUGGCCACACCACAGAACCAGAGCUCCUCUUCUCUGCUGAUAAAGAUCCCGCCUCCUACAAGGAAUGGCUGAACUCCCUACCACACUAUCCGGACAUCGUCUCCUAUUCACUGGAAUCUCUCCAUGAGUUGCUGCCCACCACCAACCCAGCUCGGAAGCACCUGCGCAAGGCCAUCAGCGACUACAUCCUGGAGAAGGCCUUGUGGAAGAACUGUUCUGAACCCUGUCAAACUGGCAUCAAAAGUGACCACAGAGACUCCUGCGUCUGCAGCUGCCACAACAACCCCGGGGUGAGCGCCGACUGCUGUCCCACCCGCAAAGGCCUGGCACGGGUGGUCAUCACUGUUCAGAGAGGGGCCAACCUGUGGGGAGACCACACCACAGCCACUGACGGCUACGUGAAGGUGGCUUUCGCAGGCCAGACAAUCGGACGCACUACAGUUAUCUACAACAACAACAACCCCAGAUGGGCAAUGAGCUAUGACCUGGGAACCGUGGAUCUGUCAACCAGUAAGAAGCUGAGAUUUGAGGUGUGGGACGAGGACGACAAGUGGAACGACGACCUGUUAGGAGAAUGUGAGAAGGAGCUGACAGCCGGGGUGAAGGAGGAUCUCUGCAACCUCCAGCAUGGCCAACUGUUCUACAAGUGGGAAGCGGUGUGUGCCCCCAGUCUAGGUGGCUCCGCCUGUAUGGACUAUGUGCCCUCCCCUAUGAAUCCCCACCUGGAGAAGGUUUAUGUGUCUCGCCACUCCCGUCUCAUUCCAAAGGGCAUGCUGGUGAGUAUGGGAGUGUUGGUGGACGGACCCAAUCUCCAUGGCAACAAGAGCCUCAGUACAGGGAACAGAGAGUGUGGUCGAUUUUAGAGGUAUGCAUGGUGAUCCAUGUCAAAACCCGUAUCAAAACCCCAGAUCUUUUUCAGGUAGAUUUCUCCAACCUAAAAUAAUAAAAUAAAUGUUUUGGUAAAAUGUGUUUUGUUGGGCCUCCCGGGUGGCGCAGUGGUCUAGGGCACUGCAUCACAGCGAUAGCUGUGCCACCAGAGACUCUGGGUUCGCGCUCUUUCGCAGCCGGCCGCGUCCGGGAGGUCCAUGGGGCGACGCACAAUUGGCCUAGCAUCGUCCGGGUUAGGAAGGGUUUGGCCAGUAGGGAUAUCCUUGUCUCAUCGCGCACCAGUGACUCCUGUGGCGGGCCGGGCGCAAGGGCGCUAACCAAGGUAGCCAGGUGCACGGUGUUUCCUCCGACACAUUGGUGCGGCUGGCUUCCGGGUUGAAGGCGCGCUGUGUUAAAGAAGCAGUGCGGCUUGGUUGGGUUGUGUUUCGGAGGACGCAUGGCUUUCGACCUUUGUCUCUCCCGAGCCCGUACAGGAGUUGUAGUGAUGAGACAAGAUAGUAAUUACUAACAAUUGGAUACCAUGAAAUUGGGGAGAAAAGGGGGUAAAAUAAAAAAAAUGUGUUUUGUUUUCUAUACUGUAUCUUUGAACUCCCGAGUGGCGCAGCGGUCUUAGGCACUGCCUCUCUGUGCAAGAAGCGUCACUACAGUCCCUGGUUCAAAUCCAGGCUGUAUCACAUCUGGCCAUUAUUGGGAGUCCCAUAGGGUGGCGCACAAUUGGCCCAGCAUUGUCUGGGUUUGGCCGGGGUAGGCCGUCGGUGUAAAUUAGAUUUUGUUUUUAACGGGCUUGCCUAGAUAAAUAAAGGUUACAUUUAAAUAAAACAAUUUAGUAUUAGUUGCUUGUUUUGUACUUGUUUGUGUUCAUUUACAAGGUAGCUUGCAUUCAGUUUAAAAUUGUUGAAUGAUUGGGUUACUUUAUGCAUAAUAAAAUGCUUAUA